CCCGUGAAGGUUCAACGGUUUACGUCGACGGCACAGGAACAGCAUCGUCUCCAUAUACUUGCGAAUCUUUUGAUGCAAAACAUUCCGGAGUAUUGCUGGAAAAAAGUGUAUCAGUUAUCGGGAUCAAUUCACCUGCGCAUAUUUCAUGUGACCAUGGCAACAACUGGUUAGUGAAUGGAGCUGGGGCGGUAAACAAAAAUAAACUUCGUGUGCUGUUUAACAACCUUGCCUUCCAGAACACCUCCGUUCAACUACUUGAUGCUUCGUUAUAUGUUAAAGAUUGUGUGUUCAACAGGACAGAAGCAACGGCGAUUAGUAUCUCGCUUGUUAAUCAACCUCGCUUCAAACUUUCAUUGGACAGUGUCGUGUUCGAACAAAAUAAAGCGUGUUUGCUACUGACAAGCAAAACGAAUAAGCGAAACAAAAUAUUCGUUAGCAUAACCAACUCUAACAUAAAAUCAAAUGGAUUGAAAAACCUAAAUAUCUUCAGAGGACAGGAUUCAAUUUUUUUCUUUAACGGUAGCAAUGAUAAGAUUGAGAUUACAAUAAACAACAGCAGUUUCGUUGGGAAUUUUCUUCAAACUAAGUCAACUAACGAAAGACAUGGUGAUUUGAUUCAUGUGGAAAACGAACUUGGGGAAUGCAAUGUUUCAGUUCAACACAGUCAGUUCGAAAAUAACGGAUUGCACGAAACUACAUCGCAAACAAACAACUUGUUUUUCCUAAAAUCCUCCAUUCUCUUCGCUACAGUACGCUCGUCACACGUUGUAAAAAGCAAGUCUGCACGUUUUCUUUACUCUAUGGGAAAAUCCAGCCAUAUUUCGGUUCACAAUACUACAUUCCGAAAUUUUACCAUACUAGAGAAAGACUUUCAUAACGGAGGGGUAUUUUCCAUCAACGCAUUGAAGACAUGCUAUUUAUUUAUUCAAGAUUGUUUUAUAAACAAGGGUGAAAUAACAACGGAUAUCAAUGGUGGAAUUGCCUAUGUUGACGCGUUGAAUGUUAAUAUAACAAUUCAAAGUUCUUUUGUAGGUCAUGUUACUACCAAUGGUAAUGGAGGGGUAUUUCACAUCGAAGAAGUAGAUACAGCACAGCUAUUGUUAGGAAGCCAGUUGACUUUCUUUACAAGUGAUACUCAGUUUCAUUUUAACCAAGCUGAUGCCCGCGGCGGAGUUUUAUUUGCAUCCUCUAGAGACAUUACAACGUUAACAUUCCACAAUGUUUCAUUUGUGAAAAAUAAAUCAAAAAUGGACGGAUCAACCAUUUGCCUAUACGACCACUCGUCUCUUAAGAAAUCAUACUUAUCUUUAGAUUUUACGGAUACUUUAUUUCUUCAAAAUCAAGCAGCUCGGCAAAAUCAAGCAGCUCGUGGUGUGAUAUAUUUUGAUACAAGUGAUGUCACUGUCGUGAACCUUCAUAAUGUUUCGUUCGUAAGAAAUCGAGCUUUUGCUGGAGGUGCUAUUUAUGCUCAAAAUAUAAAUGCGUCUUUAUUCAAAUUCAUUGUCACCGAGAGUAGUUUUAUCGGCAAUAAUGUGGCUCUAGGAGGUAGCGGUGGAGCAAUCAACGUUGUAUUUUGGUCAAACGAAUCCACUAUGGUUUUAAACAGCUCUGUUUUUAUACAAAACAAGGCAAUAGGUUCACAUGGAGGAGCUAUUUUCAUUGGAAUCAAUCCAAAGCACUUUGCAAACGUUUAUAUCGUUAACUGUACAUUUGAGAAUAAUUCUGCUACAUAUGGCGGAGCUGUGGCUGUUCCUCAGCAUAGCCAAAUAAUGCUCAUUUGCAAAGAUUCAGUAUUUAAAAGUAACGAAGUGUUCAACUUGAAAAUAAACAUUCAUGUAAUAGUGUACAACCCAUUCUACACUGCUUAUGGUGGGGCUGUGUUCCUCUCUGUAACCAAUUCAACAAUUAGUUUUAUGAAUACAUCAUUCAUGAACAACAUAUGCAGUGCCAAUCAAGGAGGUGCUGUGUAUAUCGAAACGAGUAACUCAACCACAUUCAAUGUUACCAACACAUUGUUCAUGAACAAUACCGCAUUGAAUGAUUUAGGGGGAGCUAUAGCUCUGGUUAUGGCAGAGGACCAAAUACAAGACUCCGGUUGCCUGGAUCCAGUCACCCCCGUACAUCAACGUUCAUGGACUUGCUUAAACAGGGCAAGUUUUCAAAAUGUUACGUUCAUUGGCAACAUUGCAUUUAGUGGAAGUGCUUUAUUCGUGAUAAAUGGUGAAAUGGUCCUCAAUAACUGCUGGUUUGUGAACAACUUUGCCUUGGCUCAAGCAGGUCAUCUCAGCACUGAUGGUUCGAACAACCUUACCAUACACAACACUAUUUUCCGUCAAACAUCCGGCAGCGUUUUAGCAAACAAAAUCGAGUUUCAAUUUACGUCCUUCAUACAAACGUUUAGCGGUGGUCCGCUAAACAUUCGAAAUUCAACGUUUGAUCAGCGUAUCAUAUUUGAUGAUCACCCUCUCAUUGUGGUCAGUCUAGGUGGUGAUAUUGAUCUUGACAAAUUUACAUCCGUGUCGUGUGCUGUGGGUUCGAACAUUACCAAAACAGACGCAUCAUUUACAAAAUGGGAAAGUCCACUUUGCAACAGACGAUUUCGUUCCCUACGUUUGUCGUGCAAGCAAUGUGAGUCCAAAUAUUACUCAUUACAAAGAGGAAACAUCAAAGGUCUUGAAGAGAUGAAUAAUUUUAAGUGCAAUUCUUGUCCACGGGGUGCUGAUUGUCUUCCAACAAUUAAAUCAAAACCAAAUUUUUGGGGAUAUUUUGAAUCAUACUAUCCACCAACAUUAGCGUUCACGUUUUGCCCCGUUGGGUACUGCAAAUCACCAGAUCGCAAUACUAAAGAAUACAACAAAUGCCACGGACAUCGUACAGGUGUGAUGUGCGGUUCCUGCUCUGAUGAAUACACCGAAGAACUCUUUUCUACAAAAUGUCAUUUGGCUGAGGAUUGUAACGACCACUGGUUUUGGGUGGCUUUUGCGCGUUGGUUUUUAUUUUGGCCUCUUUUCUUGUUUUUAAAAUUCCUGCGCCUGAAUUUGUGAUAAAUCAAACUUUAUGGUUUAGGAGGUCUGUUUCUACUCGUACGGACUCAAAUAAUCAGGACAGUUCAAACACCUUUACAACAAAUGAAGAUGAACAACAAAGCACAAGGGAUAUUAGCGAACAAUCUGAAGAAUCUACCUCUCUGCCUCCCACUCAGGAAAUAAGAAACGAGCAAAAUCAAACCUCUGGAUUUUUAGAAAUUAUCUUUUAUUACUACCAGAUCGCAUACUUGCUUCUUAAUUCUUACUGGCUUGAGCAGUUGCUAAGUACGAAAUUCGUAACAACCGUUGUAGCAUUGUUCAAUUUUCGACCUAACACCUCUGGACUGGGCUUAACAUGUCCAUUUCCCGGCCUUACACCUUUGACGAAAAAGAUUUUUGAAAUUUCACCUGUCUUUGCUACACUGGUCGCCAUUUGGAUAAUUUUUGGAAUUCGCUGUACUAUUUCUCUUAUACGUCGAAGACGACCAUCUCCCCAAACCUCUUUUCUUCCGCCGUAUCUUGCCGCCACCAUAGAAACGUUGUUACUCGG